CUCUGUGCGUGUGAUUUGUCAAAGCUUUUCUCAUGACAGCGAGAAGAGGGCUGCGUUUUUAUAGUUUCAAGCAAUUCCUUCCAAAAACCUCGAAAUCGCUAUGAACGUCUUGUAAAAAACAUUUUCCAAACAUAUAAAGUUGCUUCUACAAUCUUGCCAAUGUGCAGUUUUGUGUUUGCCUAUUCUUCUCAGCUCUGUGUGUGUGUGCUAACAUCCAGCUCUGUUGCAAAUCUCUCUUUCUUGGUAUCUCUUGGGAUCCUUGGGUACAAAAUAAAUGUUUGCUGUAAAACAAUAAUUAACACGUUCAGCAGCACUUCUUCAGAUCUUUGUCGUACUUCCAAGAAAAGUAUACCCGCGUUUGAGUGGGGCCAGAUGAAUUGACAUUCCAUCAUCGACCUGUUCCGGGAACGGAGAGCAAUCGUUCUCUUUUUGCCAUCAGUUCUUAAUUAACUUCAAGUUUGACCAACAACAUCUGACAACUAAAUCUUGCGUAAUGAUAACCCAAAAUUGACGAACGGACAUAGACAACACGCUAGUGGCGAUUUGUUGUACAUUUUGGCUUGCGCAGAAACAUUGUUGGUAGCCCCGAUUGAUCUCAGUCGAACAAACUACAACAAAAGUGUGAGUCUCGUCGCGGGAUGCAUUAUUUUGGAGCAACUCAUUCAUUGCCUGUACUGGCAUUAUCACUUUCAAGGCAUGAGUCAUCAUCUGUUAUCAGAAAGCCUGUGUCGUUUGAAAGGCCCACGGUUUGUCCAGUGUUCAACCAGCAACCGCUAGUUCAGUAAUCAAGCGAGUGGAGUCAAGUUAAUCAUACUAGCAACAAACUGUUAUCUGUUCCAAAGCUGAGAAUAAGUAAAGAUUAAAGGUGGUUACCUUCUGUUACGUGAUAAGUUCCGAACGAAGUGUCCCGAAAAACUGUGAAUGCAACCGACCUGUUAUGCGAGAAUUUGAUACAAUCUAGAACAGCGAACAGUUUGACAUAUUUUUUUAAAACAAUUAUACAGUAUCUGUGCUACUGCUUGUGCAUCUAAGCGGAGCCGUGCGUGUGUGUUUGUGUAAUAAGGACACAUUAGUGCAAAGAAGAACGUAUAACAGUCCAAUCAUGAAACAAUGUCCCCAACGAUGAUAACCAUCAUACACUGCUUGGCUAUCGGUAUCCUGAUAUUUUGGUGCGGAAAAUGGAUCAUUCAUCUGACUGCCAUCACGUAUGGGAAGAUAAAACUACAUAAGAAAGCAUCCCAACAGCCGCGAGAAACUCCGUAUCCCUCGGUGUCGAUUCUGAAGCCGCUAAUGGGAGUCGAUCCAAAUUUACAGAACAAUUUGGAAACCUUUUUCCUCAUGGACUAUCCGGUCUACGAGCUGCUUUUUUGCAUCGAAUCCCCGGAUGACCCAGCGGUUGAAGUUGUCAAACGAUUGUGUGAUAAAUAUCCCAGCAUCGAAGCUAAGCUUCUUGUCGGUGGCUCGAACGUGGGAGUAAACCCAAAGAUAAAUAAUCUCUAUCCGGGCUAUAUGCAGGCUCAAUAUGAGCUAAUAAUGAUUUCCGAUGCAGGUAUUCGGAUGAAGAGUGACACAUUGACCGACAUGGUGAACCAUAUGACGGAAAAGGUUGGAUUAGUGCAUCAGAUGCCGUUCGUAUGCGACCGAGAGGGGUUUGCAGCAGCGUUUGAGAAAAUAUACUUCGGCACAGUGCAGUCGCGGAUCUACUUGUGUGCAGAUCUCCUCGGCAUUAACUGUCAUACGGGAAUGUCCUGUUUAAUGCGCAAGGACGUGCUAGAUCAACUGGGAGGUGUCCAGGCGUUUGGCUGCUAUCUGGCCGAAGAUUUUUUUCUAGCCAAGGCAUUCCACGAUCAUAAUUGGAAGUUGACGAUCAGCAGCCAGCCUGCAUGGCAGAACUCUGGCAUUUGUGAUAUUAGCAGCUUUCAGGCGCGCCUUACACGAUGGGCAAAGCUGAGAGUCGCCAUGGUGCCAACGACCAUCCUCCUCGAGCCUAUGUCAGAGUGCAUCAUCGUCGGUAUGUUUGCUUGCGGCGCCGCGAAAGUACUCUUCCGAUGGAAUCCAUUGGUGUUUUUCCUCAUUCAUACACUAGUGUGGUUUCUGUCUGACUGGGUAUUGCUGUCGAUCAUCCAGAAUGGGGCGUUACCAUUUAAUAAGUUUACCUUUUUCGUCGGAUGGGCUUUUCGCGAGAUCAGCGGACCCUACCUAUUCUUUAAUGCUUUGUGGAAUCCAGCUAUAAGAUGGCGAACUCGUGUGUAUAAGCUUGCUUGGGGGGGCGUUGCGUAUGAACUUACAUCUCAAAUUAAGUCAUAAUUUGGGCUUACGUUAUUUAAUUUUCUAUGCGUAUGUCUCUACUAUUCGAACAAAUUGCGUUCAUAAGGAAAACCUUCAUGAGUGAGCCAUUUUUUUAAAAGCAAGCGCACAUAAUAUAAAUACCCCACCCGAGAGAGCAUUGUAUGGAAUAGGUUUAUACAUGAACGGUGUCAGAUUUUUGUUCAGUUUGUUUUUUCGUACACGAUUGUUUUCCUCGUCUUAUUACUAGUAAAUGUAUGCAAACGAAAACAAAUGUUCGGUUUAUAACUCACUCGCUAUUUCACUAGAAGUAUCGUAAAAACCAUCGACGUUCAAUAUAUUCAGUACAUGUUUCAUUUUGCAUACAAUAUAAAUGUUAAUUUGCGAUGUUGAUGAAACAUCUCGAUCAAAGGAUCACCGUGGAUAAGUUUUGAUUAAACGAGUUUAUGUUUUUGUGUUUACUUUACCACUGUUUGAUGUAUAUACUAUUUAUAAAUCUUGUGAAAACUAAGUUAGAACCAACUUUGGAAUAAAUAAAACAAUUAGCUGAACGUAA